GGCGGGCGGCCAAUGGGGUACAGGGGGCGGGGCCAGCGGGCGGCCGGGACGCGGGGGAAGCGGCGGUCGCGGAGCGAUGUUCCAGCUGUGCCGCCCCCGCGGGGGCCGCGCCCUCCUGGGGCUGCGGCUGCUCCGGGGCCCCCCCGGGCCCGCCCGGCCCGUCAGCUACCGGCCCCUGCGCAAGGUGCUGGUGGCCAACCGCGGUGAGAUCGCCAUCCGCGUGUUCCGGGCCUGCACGGAGCUGGGCAUCCGCACGGUGGCCGUGUACUCGGAGCAGGACACGGGCCAGAUGCACCGGCAGAAGGCGGACGAGGCGUACCUGGUGGGGAGGGGGCUGCCCCCCGUGCAGGCCUACCUGCACAUCCCCGACAUCAUCCGCGUGGCUCAGGAGAACGAGGUGGACGCCAUCCACCCGGGCUACGGGUUCCUGUCGGAGCGGGCCGACUUCGCCCAGGCCUGCCUGGACGCCGGCGUGCGCUUCGUGGGGCCGCGGCCCGACGUGGUCCGCAAGAUGGGCGACAAAGUGGAGGCCCGGGCCAUCGCCAUCGCCGCCGGCGUGCCGGUGGUGCCGGGGACGCCGUCGCCGGUGUCGGCGCUGGCCGAGGCUCAGGAUUUCGCCGCCCGGGUCGGGUUCCCCGUGAUCCUCAAAGCCGCCCACGGCGGCGGCGGCCGCGGCAUGAGGGUGGUCCGGGCCCCCCAGGAGCUGGAGGAGAACUUCUCCCGCGCCACCUCGGAGGCUUUGGCCGCCUUCGGGAACGGGGACCUGUUCGUGGAGAAAUUCAUCGAGCGCCCGCGGCACAUCGAGGUCCAGAUCCUGGGUGACUGCCACGGGAACGUGGUCCAUCUCUACGAGCGCGACUGCUCGGUGCAGCGCCGGCACCAGAAGGUGGUGGAGAUCGCCCCGGCCGCGCGGCUGCCCCCGGAGCUCCGCGCCCGCCUGGCCGACGACGCCGUGCGCCUGGCUCGGCAGGUGGGCUACGAGAACGCCGGCACCGUGGAGUUCCUGGUGGACCAGAGCGGGGAUUAUUACUUCAUCGAGGUCAACUCGCGGCUGCAGGUGGAGCACACGGUCACCGAGGAGAUCACCGACGUGGACCUGGUGCACGCGCAGCUGCAGGUGGCCGCGGGCCGCUCGCUGCCCGAGCUGGGGCUGCAGCAGGAGCGGAUCCGCGUGAACGGCUGCGCCAUCCAGUGCCGCGUCACCACCGAGGACCCCGCGCGGGGAUUCCAGCCCGACACCGGCCGCAUCGAGGUGUUCCGCUCCGGGGAGGGGAUGGGCAUCCGCCUGGACGGGGCCUCGGCGUUCCAGGGCGCUCUGAUCUCGCCCCACUACGACUCCCUGCUGGUCAAGGUGGUGGCGCACGGGCCGGACCAGCCGGCGGCCGCAGCCAAGAUGAGCCGGGCCCUGGCCGAGUUCCGCAUCCGGGGGGUCAAGGUGG